AUGUAUUACAAAUUCAUUUCAAUUCGAGACUGUUGCAGUUUAAUUUACAGUAUUAAGCAAAACGAUGAAGUAUCACUGUCAAGUUAUGCGCUGAAUGGAAUGUAUCCAAAUAAUGAAAAUUUCACUGGUACCAAUAAACAAGUAACGAAAAUCGCUGAAGACCGUAGGAUGCCAGCUUACAAAGCUGCUAUGCUAGGAGUUUGCCAGUUACAACUCAAAAUCUGUUCAAAAUUAAUUGAACUAGCUUCGCCGUCCUGUCCAACAUUAUUUAGUCUUACAACAUUCAAACCUUCCACACUGAAAGAGCUCGCUGGACAAUCCAUUCUACUUCAUCCUUGUGGUUUAGUUGGAAUUUUUUGCCGUAAUUCUGAGAUUAAUGGUGACAUUAGUAUUAUUGAUAAUGAUAAUGACGGAUUACGCUAUCGCCAAAUGCUUCCCAAUGAAUUGGUCAAAUUUUUGCAAAAUGGAGCCGCGGAUUAUGAUUAA